AAAGACAAUCGCCGCGUCGUCGCCCAAUAAAAUAAAAUUAGCGGAAAUAUAAGUUUAUAUAUUUAUAUUGUAUAUAGGGAGCGCUAACAGACAUCUCUCUCUCUCUACAUACAUAUAUGUUGUAUAUAUACAAACAACAUACGCGAAUGCUUUCUCAGAUAAUUAAUGACUAGAGACGUAGAUAAAAAUACGCCAGAGAAUUGAAUAUAUUUUAAAAGUGACGUUAAACCUAUAUAGUGCGUCUUGUGAUAGCGAUAUAACUUAUAUAAUAUAAUAUCACGGAUCGGGGGAACCAAGUAGAUUGGAUUCCGAAUGGAUUCGGACAAAGUAGUACGCGCCAUGGCACGCUGGUGGCAGGUAAAGGGCAACACUCGCACCUCAUUUAAAAAUGGCAAAACAAUCACUGUCAGUCAGGAGGACACCGAUGUAACGUCACACAAUCCCAUGCUAUACGAUCCACUGCAGGAUGGCAACGUUAGGACCUCAAAGACUCGCCAAUAUCUAGCUGCACUCGUAGUUUGUCUGGGAGCUGUUGCUGCAGGCACAGCUUUGGCCUGGACUAGUCCCGUGCUGCCGCAGAUUAGCAUUGCUGAAAAUGCAACUUCUGUAAAUGUCACCCACGCUAUAGCAAAUACAACCACUGUAAAUAAUGCAACCAUCGUGACCACAACGCAACCACCGCAAGUCGAUAGUCACCUCAAGCUAACCGUAGAUGAACAGAGCUGGGUAAGUUCACUGCUGGCCAUUGGCGCCUUUCUGGGCGCUCUGCCCACGGGCUACAUCGCAGACGCAAUUGGCAGACGCUACACAGCCUUGGCAAUGGAUGUGCCUUUCAUUUUGGCUUGGCUGUCAAUUAGUUUUGCCAAUUCCGCUGGUUGGCUGUACUUUGGACGCUUCCUAAUCGGCAUCUCAACUGGCAGCUUCUGUGUGGUGGCUCCCAUGUACAUCUCAGAGAUUGCGGAGACUAGCAUACGUGGCACACUUGGAACACUCUUCCAGCUGCUGCUGACCAUGGGAAUACUUUUUGUGUACAUUGUUGGUUCGCUGGUAUCUUGGAGCACGCUCAGCAUGAUGUGCUUGGUGGUGCCCAUUCUGCUGUUCGUUGGCAUGCUCAUGCUACCGGAGACGCCUGUCUAUCUGCUGAAAAAGGGUCGUCGUGCUGAUGCUGCGCUGUCGCUCAAGUGGCUCUGGGGCAAAUAUUGCGAUUCGCGCAGCGCCAUUCAAGUCAUCCAGAAUGAUCUGGAUCAGACGAGUGCCGAUGCCUCGUUUAUGGAUCUGUUCAGCAAUCGUGGUGCACGCAAGGGACUCAUCAUCUCGAUGCUGCUGAUGUUCUUCCAGCAGUUCUCGGGCAUCAAUGCCGUCAUCUUCUACACGCAGUUCAUCUUCGAGUCGGCGGGCAGCAGUCUGAGUGCCUCGAUCAGUUCGAUCAUUGUGGGCGUGGUGCAGGUGAUCAUGACACUGACCUCAUCGCUGCUGAUCGAACGCGCUGGUCGCAAGAUUCUACUGCUAUUUAGCAGCACUGUGAUGACCAUUUGUCUGGCCAUAUUGGGUGCCUAUUUCGAUAUGAAGGACAGUGGCAAGGAUGUCGCGCACAUUGGCUGGCUGCCAUUGCUGUGCAUGGUGCUCUUCAUCAUUAGCUUCUCUGUGGGCUACGGCCCCAUUCCCUGGCUGAUGAUGGGCGAGCUCUUUAUGCCCGAUGUGAAGGCCACUGCGGCGGCCCUGAGUGUCAUGGCUAAUUGGCUGUGUGUAUUUGUGGUCACCAAAUGCUUUGGCGUCAUGAUCGAGUCCUGGGGAUCAGACUUUACCUUCUGGUUCUUUGCUGGCUGCAUGGCUUUGGCCACGAUCUAUGUGGCUUUAGCUUUAGUUGAAACUAAAGGCAAAUCCGCCAGUGAAAUACAGAGUUGGUUAAGUGGACGUUAAAUUGGGAUGAGGAAGAGUAAACGAAGUGAGCGAAAGCAACAACCAAAAGCCAAAUAAUAUGCCAUAUUACGCAUACGCCAAGUAGCGCAUCAUGUACAACAUUUAACAUAUUGAUUUUUGAUUAUUAUUUAUAGUGUAGUUCAAUUAGUUGAUAAGUUGUUCACGGUAGAUAACUCAACGCUACUUCUGUGUAUAUUUGUGUAACUCUUAAAUGUAUUGGUUAAGUGUGCGAUUGUAAAGACAUGUCUAUAAAUCGAUC